CUUCCUUGCUGUAGGAGGGCAGUGCACUGAUCAGUGGGGUACAGCAGAGCAGGGCAGCUGUCAGUUCAUAGGAAAGCUGUCGGUAUUUCACGAUAUAUCCAGUACAUAAGGGUCUGACUUAUUAACACAAGUUUUGGUUUGAGUUUGGCUGACUGUCAGUGGGAUUCACUGUUCACUGCCAGUGGGAUCAUCAUCAGGAAAUAUCUAGAAGUGUCGGGGUGCAGUAAACUCGGCUCAACACAAAGCUUCGGAUCUGACAUACAGCUGACAUUCUCAUCGUGAUGAUGGCUGGCUCUAAUGAUUUUGGCCAAAUUGAAACUGAUGAUGGAUCGCAAGACUGGUCUGUGAUGAGCACACGACUGAACUCAUUCCAGACCUUUCCUCAUUCUGAGGAGGUUCCUGCGGAGAGGCUGGCCCGGGCGGGCUUCUACUUCACCGGUGAAUCAGAUCAAGUGCGCUGCUUUAGCUGCCAGCACACUGUUGACGACUGGCACCAAGGGGACAACCCAGUAGAAAGACACCACAGCGUCUCACCUGCUUGCAGUUUUCUCCAGUGUGUUCAUCGCAGGAACCUUCCUGAUGGAACCUCCUUUCCAUCUCCUGCCUCCAUUUAUGAUGAAGAUGCUGAAGCCAGGGAGUUUAGUUUAAGAACAGGAGAAGUGGUGGAUGAGUCCGCGUACCCUAAGAUUCCGCAUAUGAAGAGCGAAGAUGCACGGCUGGAUACGUUCAGCAACUGGCCUGCUUGGUCCCCGGUCCAGACUCAUGACCUAGCACAAGCUGGGUUUUUUUAUUUACCAGAGUCUGAUAGGCAGAUCGACAGGGUGCAGUGUUUCUGCUGCGCAGGUAUGCUGGUCAACUGGGAGGAAGGCGACGAUCCCUGGGAGGAACAUACCAGAGCUUACCCGCACUGCUUCUUUAUUUUGGGCCACGAUGUGGGGAACAUCCCUUCUGAGCAGCUGACUCGGAAAACCAAUGGUCAUAGCAGUUCAAUGGAAACGUUUGAGGAACGCCUUGAAAGCUUCAGGGACAAAGUGCAUCCCAUCAACCAUGAAAGGCUGGCUCGAGCUGGCUUUACCAGCAUAGAUGAUCAAGACGGUGUGGUUUGCUUCAAAUGUGGAGGAUGUCUGAAGAACUGGGAGCCAGAUGAUGAUCCUUGGGUGGAGCAUGCCAAGCACUAUCCAGGAUGCCGUUUCCUGCUCGCAGAAAAAGGGCAAGACUUCAUCAACAGCGUUCAACUAAGAAAUCAUGGAACCAGCUCUUCAAAUGGAUUUUCCAGUCAUGAGCCAAAUGAAGACCCCUUGAAGAAGCUGGAGAAACUGCAACGUGAAAAGCUCUGCAAAGUGUGCAUGGACAGUGACAUUGCGAUCGUCUUCAUCCCCUGUGGACACUUGGUGACCUGCAAGAAGUGCUCCGAUUCUCUUCACAAGUGCCCCCUCUGUUGUGCAAACAUCACACAAAAAAUCAAAACCUAUAGCUCAUAACCUCCAGCGCGCACACAACUGCUGUUUCCUACUCCUUUAAUUCUGAGCAUUCUUUCAAAAUACUUGUUUUAUACUACAGUAUAGUGUAAACAUGAGAAAUAUUUAUAUAUUUGGAUUAUAGUAGAGCAAAUAUAUUUCCAUAUUACAAACAUUAUUAAUUUUUAUUAAAAUUAUAGCUUGUUUUUCGUAUGACUACAUAGAUUUGAGGCUGCUGUUUUAGAUACAGAUAACAUGUUUAUUCUAAGAUUACACUUAAAAGUCGAUAAUUUAAGCUCUUUUGUAUAUUCUUUGUUGGGGUGAGGGGUGGGUUUUUGUUGUUUUUAUUUAUUUUUUUUCCUUCCCUUUCUUCAGGUCUAUGUGCAUAAUUUAGCAGCACAACAUUGUUCUGCAGAAAAAGCUGCUUUAGAAUAUGAUGCACUGUGCCGAUAUGGACAAAUUAUUAUAUGCCAUUGCUGGGACUCAAACCACACUCUUUGCGUGCAUGCACAAGCAAAGACAAUUUGAUGAUAAAGUCUCAUUCAGGGUCUCUUGGUGUUGGCCCUGCGAUGGAUUAGCGACCUGUCCAGGAUGUACAUCUGCACCAUACUACUAUUACUCGUACUUCAUUAAGAGUGCCUUUCUUUAAUGUAAUUAACAUAAUUUUUAUAUUUUAACAUUCAUUCCAGUAAAUCGUAAUACAGGAAUUUUUUUUUCUUUUCUUUUCUGACGCAAAUUUCUUGAAGCUUAGGUGAACUUUGUUAACAUUCAGAAAUGGCUUUAAUGCAAUAGCUGAGUUUUAAAACCAUAAUAUUAUAACAUGUAACCUGACCAAUACUUGCAUCAAUACAAGACAAUAAAAUGGUGUGUGUAUACAGUGA